AUGACGGGCAAUGCCAUGCGAAUGUCGUGUGUGGUUGUGUGUUUCUGUUCACUGACCCUCGAACCCGUGGUUGGGUGGAAAUCGAUAUCCUGGGUGCUGAUCAUGGCAACUUUCGUAAGACAGAUGGAGAGUUUUGGCUGCAACAUGCCGCGAAAUUCCAAGAAGCAGACUCCAGACUCCAGAGCCACCCUCCCCUUCCGGGCAUCGCAUCCCUGUAGGCAUGCUCGGCAUGGCAUGAAGUGGUGCCGCAGAAGAAGGGGCGUUUGGGUAGAAAUCUCGGGAACCGUUGUCUCAGCAGCGACGUGGCCCGAUGUGCGGCAUCGCCAUGAUUCCACUCGAACAACAGCCCACAGAUGGGCGUGUUGGUUCCCGGCUUCGAGACAGGAGACCGGCAGUGGCCGCUGA